UUUUUUUUUUUUCUUUCCUUGUCCUUUUCUUUUCUUCUUUAUUUGAAAUAUCGUUAUAUUUUUAUUAAUAACUAUCAUGCCUCUCCAUCCUACUGUACUUUGGGCUCAACGCGCUGAUUUGAUUUUUUUAACCGUUGAUCUUAUUGACAUCACUGAUCCCAAAAUUAACUUGACGUCUGACCGCUUCCAAUUUAAAGCUAAAGGUGGAAAAGAACAAAAUGAAUAUGAAUGUGAAAUCGAAUUUCUCAAGUCUAUUAAUGUCGAAAAAUCCACACAACAUUUGACUGCUCAUAAUUUGUCUAUGACUAUCUAUAAGGCUGAAGGAGCUGAAGGUUAUUGGGAUAAGCUUCAAAAGGGUGGUAAACUCAACUUCCUCAAGACAGACUUUAACAAAUGGCGAGAUGAAGAUGAUGAAGACGAUGAAGAUCCUAUGGCAGGUAUGCCUGGUAUGCCUGGUAUGGGCGGUGGUAUGCCCGAUAUGGCUAAUAUGAUGGGUGGUGCUGGUGGUAUGGAUUUUUCUCAAUUCCUCAACAACCCUGAAUUGCAAAACAUGGUAAGAUUAUCCUCCCUUUCUUAAACACAUAGAUUUGUACUCAUUUUAUGAUUUUUAUUAUCGUAGGCUGGUGGUGACGAAUCUUCUGAUGAAGAAGAAGAACAAGAAGGUGAAACCAAGGCUGCUGGUAAGAGGAAUGAAAAAAGAGAAGGAAUGAAGAUAUAAUAAUGGAACGUUAUGAUAACUGAUUUAUUCUUUUUUAUUAUUAUUAUUAUUAUUUUAUUCUUUAGAAGAACAAAAGUAGAUUGGAUA